UAAUUGAUGGAUUGAGUUUAGACACUACUUCAAGCAUAAGGAAUUAUUUAACCUUCUCGCAAACAAUCCUAAAUUGUUUGAUGAAAGUUUCGACUCAGUUGAAAAGAAAAUAAAAUAUUUGCUUGGAACGAUGAACGUGAGCCUGCACAGAAUAUCAAAAACUCCUGACUCUCUUCAGAGUUCUCUCGACUUUUACCACACCAGAUAUGAGUUUCUGCUACGGAGUGGUUUCUAUAGACAUCCUGAUGCUAACCAACAAGGAAUGAAGUUAGUUGAAGCGGAACCUGAAUUAACCAAGAUAAUCUUAAAAUCAGAUUCAGAGUUCCUAGAAAAAUGUUCACCCAACAUAACCCUAGAAGAGUUGAAUGCAUUUAAGUCCAUUCUCUACAUUGAUCAGGAGGAGAAAAGUAAGGACCUAACUGAUACUGACAUGUUGACUGAUGUAGAGUUUAUAAGGAAGGAAGACGAUCGGUUCAGCGGCACUUACAAGGGUAAAAAGAGAUCAUUAAAGAAAUAAUAUUUUCAGAAAA